AUGGACCUGGAGCUGUCCUGUGCCAUCAACAUCUAUCUUGACAAAGUUGGACAUUUGUUGCACGCCGGCGCCAUUAGGUUGGAUGAGAAUAAACGUCCUAAGGAGGGAUUCAGAGCAUACGAAACCCGCAACUGCUGGUGCUCUUCCGCAAAUCCUGGUGUCUCUCAAAGGAAACGAAAAUGCCCAGCGUGGUUCAUGGCAGGGCCCCAACACGCGAAAAAGAGGUGCCACGGCCUCCGUCAACAACGAACCGAUCACAAUUUGCACUGUGUCGCAAGUAGGAGACAAGUCUCCCUGGAAUGGUCCACAGGGACAGGCACAAACACAUUCUAUGAAGUGGAUGAAUGGGAAAUGUUGGUGCCUCUUUUCUCGCCCGACGACAUCUUCUACUGCAGAACCUCCCACAACAACGGCGAGGAUUAUGACAAUGGUGACAAUGGUGACAACGGUGACAACGGUGACAACGACUGUAACCAUCACAACAAAGACAUUCCUAAAGAAGUGACCAUCAUGGCGAACUUCGAGAUUGAUGAUGAAGACGAGAGUAUGUGGCAACGGAGCGGCCCUAGUUCCUUACCAUUGGGUCUGCCUCCUGGCACCACUGGGGUCUUUACCUUGUUAAGAAUCGUGUGUUUGGAGAUAGAGAUGGUGCAAAGGCUGCUAAUCGUGGAAACCGUCUUCCUGCAGCGAAUACGACGGGACGAUGAAAACGAGGACGGUAACGACAACAAGGACGACGAUGAUGAUGGAAGUAUCCAACAUGAUCCCAAUGCUUUUGGCUCAGACACUUGUUUGGAGUCAGAGGUCGAGAUGGUGUUGUCGAUGAAGGAUGCGCUGAAAGGACCCGCUAUUGGCACAAUGAGCACGAAUCAAGUAUUGGUCGUCUUCGUGACGCCGUUGAAAUCUCCCAAAAUGAUCCAGGACAUCCUCCUGCAGCUCUUCCUGGCUGCCCUCGCCUUCGCAGCUCCCCUGCCCGACAGCGGUGACGGCACCUUGCACGCCGCCAGCAAAGACAUGAUCGGAUACGGCACAGGUGGUGGUAUCGUCGGCCUGAUUGUUUUGGUUCUUGACGUCUUGGUCUUCAUCGAGGUCCUGAAAUCUAAUCGACCACCAACUCACAAGCUCCUCUGGUGUCUCAUUGUGUUCCUCUUCCCCAUCCUGGGAAUGCUCAUCUACUUCCUCUUCUCCAAUCGCGAGGCCCACAAAACCGGUGGCGCUUACGAGCCAUUGCCCUGA